AGUGAGGAUAUCCUCUUGGACCUGAUGGCCUACCAGCGGACAUUCGACGGGGCGUACAUGCGCACGGCGCUCAACGAACUUUCGUACGCCGUCGUCAUUCUCAAGCUGUUCCAAAGCAGCUUCUAUUACAUCGGCCUGGCGAUGACACUGUUGGCCCUAGCGUUCGCCGUUGUCGCCGUCCAACGCAGCAAUCUAGGCCCGGAGCGCCAGACGGACUGUCAUUUACACGGUGUCUCGCAUUUCAAGACCGCUGGGAACGUCGUUGCAUUUGCAACGCUGGGAGCAUUGGCUGUGGAGACGGCCAUCUUGUGCAUCAUCUUGACUAUGUAG